AUGUCAUCAUCGUACGCUGCUGCGAUAUCAGCCCUUUCCCUCAGUUCAUCCAGCACCGCCACUUCACCCGUGGAGCCCAGCCCUCCCUCUGAAAGUCCCAAACCCCCCGACACACCCACUCACGUCCCUCCAGCUGGGGAUUUACACCUCCACUCACCUGAGUCUCUGGGAUCUGAUGAGGAGCAACAGGAGAGCCCUGCUGAUUACUGCAUAGGUGGCUACUGCCCCGUGGAGGUGGGAGAGGUUUUUGUCGACCGCUACCAAGUGGUCAAAAAGUUGGGAUGGGGCCACUUCUCUACCGUGUGGCUCGGCUGGGAUAUGCUGAAGAGGCGUUUCAUCGCCCUGAAGGUGGUGAAGAGUGCUCCAACCUUCACAGAGACGGCACUGGAUGAGAUCAAACUUCUGAAAUGUGUAAGGGACACUGACCCUAAAGAUCCUAAACGUGAGCAAGUUGUGCAGCUCAUUGAUGACUUUAGGAUUUCGGGAGUGAAUGGAGAGCAUGUGUGCAUGGUUCUGGAGGUGCUGGGCCACCAGCUGCUGAAGUGGAUCAUCAAAUCCAACUACACUGGCCUUCCGCUGCCCUGCGUCAAGAGCAUCCUCAGACAGGUUCUCCAGGGCUUAGAUUACUUGCACACUAAAUGCAAGAUUAUCCACACGGACAUCAAGCCUGAGAACAUCCUUUUAAGAGUGGAUGAUGUUUACAUUCAGGAACUGGCAGCCAACACCAAGCUGUGGCAGCUGCCAGUGUGCCCUGCUUUCACCAGCUCCUCAGUGAACAGCAGGCCAAGAGAAAAACAGACUUUGUCCAACAUACUGGGGAAGUUGACCGGGGUUUUCCAAACUCUUGGGGAGUGGUCCGGCAAGGUGUCCAGGAGCCCGAUAAAGCGUCUGACGAGGAAAGAGAGGAGUCGACGAGGACAGGAGAGUGUUUCUGACCACAAUCACAAGGACAGACCUCAUGUUUCCUUUUCUGAUGUCACCGCUCCCUCCAGUCCCUCUUGUCCCUCUAAGCUCCCAGGUCCUGGCCACACCUCAAGCAGAAAGGCCCUGUUACAGGAGGACGAACUGGGCUCGGUUCCACAAAUUCAACACAGCCACCGCGACUCAGUCCGCUCAAGGCCAGCAUUAACCACAGAGCCUCCUGUCUCUGGCUCCAGAUCAGUUUUCCGACAUCAAACCACAGACAGAGGCUGCCAGCCUCCGUCACCAUCCUCUCCACAUGGAAUUAGUGACUCAGAUUUACUGCUGGACCUACUGGAGCCGCAGAACGCUGAUAAAAUCUCUAUUAAGAUCGCUGACCUGGGAAAUGCCUGCUGGGUGCAUAAACAUUUCACUGAAGACAUUCAGACGUGUCAGUACCGCUCCUUGGAGGUCCUGAUCGGUGCUGAUUACGGCACACCGGCUGACAUCUGGAGCACGGCCUGCAUGGCUUUUGAGCUGGCCACAGGAGAGUAUCUGUUUGAGCCCCAUUCAGGAGACACUUUCUCCAGAGAAGAAGAUCACAUUGCCCACAUCAUUGAGCUGCUGGGAGCAAUUCCAUCCCAGUUUGCACUCUCAGGGAAAAACUCCAAACGAUUAUUCAACCAUAAAGGACAUCUGCGGCACAUCACAAAGCUGAAGCCAUGGAGUUUGUGUGAAAUCCUGCUGGAUAAAUAUGAAUGGCCACGCGAGGAAGCGCUCCAGUUCAGCUCCUUCCUCCUCACCAUGUUGGAGCUGCUUCCAGAGAAAAGAGCCACCGCUGCCCAGUGUCUGAAACACCCCUGGAUCAACUCCUAGGCAAAGCUGGCAGGCUCGGACAUAUCCCCGGGUGUAAUAACAGCUCUGGAUUUGACAUUGGACUUGUCAGCUGAGGGAUAUAUUGUAGUAGUCUGGUGCUGGCAUCAUGAGCAUGGCUUUA